AUGACUUCUACUGAGAUAAUCCGGGCGGCGUGCUCAACACCAAACUUAACAAAGGGUCAGGCAAGCCGCACCGCCCUGAACCGCUUCGACCCUAAGUACGCCUCGUUCGGGCCGCGCGCGCCGCGCCUGCGCCCCGCCGCGCCCGCGCCGCCGCUCGCCACCUUCACCCCGCACCCCCAGCACCCCCAGCACCCCCAGCACCCCCAGCACCCCCAGCACCCCCAGCACCCCCAGCACCCCCAGCACCCCCAGCACCACAACCCGCACCCGCCCCGCCCGCAGCUGCCCCGCGAGCUCCCGAGGGAGCCGAGAGAGCAAAGGGAGCAGCGCGAGCCGAGGGAGCAAAGGGAGCAAAGAGAGCAAAGGGAGCCGAGAGAGCUGCCGCGGGAGCCGAGGGAGCAGGAUAAAUAUGCUACGGUGCGGCCGCCGAGACGGACGGAACCGCAGCCGCUGUCGGCCGCCGCGCUCGAGUAUAGAUCGCUCCAGCGGCCGCGGCGCCAGCAGCCGGCGCCCAACACGGGCACCACGCACCGCCGCCGCCCCGAGCGCCCGCAGCAGCAGCACGACCACCGCGACCUCUACGCCGUCACCGAGCUCUAAACUCUAUCCUUAACCUGUAAGGUGCAAAUUUAAAUACGGCGCAAACGGCGCUUACGACCUUCUUACUUUAUGGAGCGUUGCCAUCGCGACUUAUUGGACUCUUUAGCUUUAUCCUCAAGGCGCAAGGCGCAAGGUGCCGCCGCCUACAUGCUGUCAUUGAACUUUAAACCCUAUCCUUUGCCUCCCAAGGUGCGAUCUCCGGCGCGACACGAACGACGAAUACCACCUCACAGUGCAGUGAUUCGAAUUUCGAUUUUAAAAUUCGAACGUCUCCAAUCGAGAAGUGUUGAAAGUGCUAAGAGUGAAAACGGUUGGUACUAAGUUAUUAAAAGACUUUGAAACGACCCCGUGUUUUUAGAGUAAAUACGGUAGUCGAAGCGAUACUUAAUGAAUUUUCGAAAUAAAUGUGACAUUUUUAUCUAACUGUUCGUAAACGGUCAGUAUUCUUUUCGUCACGUUUGUGGCGUCCGAAAGUUUUUAGCUAAAUUUUAAAAACGUUUAGUAGAGUGAUUAAUUAUAAAGGAUAUCUUAUUAGAACCAUAGUGAAGCGGUUUUUCUUGCCAUAAGCAUGCAAUAAUUGUAAUUUGUGUUGUUGAAAAUGGAGACUAUUAAGUAAGAAUGCUCAAAUCACAAGGAAUAAUAAAUGUACUUGGUCUAAUGUGUGUUUCAGAACGGCGUUAAUUUAUUCAAACAUUAGUUAAGAGAUUUUUUAAUAGCACAAAUAUUUAACAAAAUUUUGAUGCGGGUUUUACCACUUUGGAAAAGGCCUAUUGUUUUUACUAGUUUUUCAUAAAUUAGAAUGAUUUUUGGUAAAAAUGUGACCUUACUUUUUCUCGUAUCAUUUGAUCAUGUCCACAUGAAGGCUGUGCCAGUAAAGUUUAACGACCAAUAACAUAAUUUUUUGAAAACUUUCUUAUUAAAAAAUAAAGUAAAAAUACAAAAAUUUCUCAAGAGUCCUCUCUUGUCUGACUGUGUGUUUUUGAAUCGGUUUUCGCUCAAUAGACGUAAGUAACUCUGGUUAAGACAACGGAUAUUGAAACUUAUCUGUUGGUAUUUAGACGCUUUUUAGCGGAAGUGCUAGAAAGAUGCCAAAUAGUAGGGAGUUACACUUGGCAAGUCAUAGUGGCUGAAAUCGGAAUAUUUUUUUUCGAAUUUCAAAUGUAAACGCAACGGUAUAACAACAAAUGUAUUCAUUGCAAAAAGUAUGAGUUUAGACCUUGUGUCAUUUGAAAUUCGUCUGGAAAUUCCGAAGCAGCAUUAGCAAGGCUUGAAGCCUGUAGAAACCUGUCUUAACGUGUACAUAUAUAACUGUAAUAUAUGACUCGAAGUUACUGUAGUGUGUGUGAACGUUUUAUUGACUUGUAUAUUUGAACGGAUAACCUAGAACCUCUUAUGAUGCUCCGUGAUCCAUCAGCUAGGUUUUCCAAGCUUUUAUCUUGUUGCAAAAGGAACCUUGCUGUAAGCAAAAUAAUGUUCAAAGUCGAAUGCGUAAGAGAUUGGAAAAUUUAGAUGAUCAAAGUCAGCUCAAUACGGACUGGAAACGUAGCAAACCUUUUGUAAAUAGAUGUAGUCUUCUUAAUCUUAAAUAGCGUAGACUUUUUAAUUUAAUGUUUAAUCGAACUUAAUGAACAUUCCAUCUCGAGGGUAUUGGAAUUUCAACUUUGAACUUCUGUAAAUAAGGUUCAAAUGAACUGUUAUGUGACAAAGUAGGAUUGGAUGAUAUUUAAGAUAAUUAACGUACUGCUAUCGCUGUAACACCACAAUUAUAUUAAUAAUAAUAUUAAAGAAAUGUGAUCAUGAAAGGUUAGAACAAUUUUGACGAUCAUUUUUGAUUAGUCUUAAUUUGUAAGUGUUUAAGUUAUUUUUCAUUUCUAAUAAUUAUCUGGUGACUAAGCGCUUGGAAGUUUCGCGUUUAGUCACUCUUGGUGCAUUUCUCUUUACUAUGAAGUAAAGGAGGAAAACAUAAUACUUACUAAUAGUAAAUAAAUUAACCUAACUUAUUUUAGAUAAGUACAAGGUAAAAAAACAAGAUGGCGCAGGAGAGCUGUCAAAAGCAUGUUUUGUAUAAUUUAUAUCUGUAACGCCAAUUUCCUGGUCACUUUUCUAAUGUAUAAAAUAGUCUUACUAUACUCUGGCAAACCCACUUUGUCAGUAAAAAAGGCGGAAAAUUCAUAUUUUCUAUGGAAAUUCCCGCCGCUUUUUUCUACUGACGAAAAUGGCCUGCAAAACUAUAGCUAUUAUUAAAGCGUAGUUUUAAGUGAACAGGUACCAUUUACAGAGCGGAAAUGUUUUGUACUUCAGUAUUACUAGAGAAUUUUGUGAGACUUUACAACGAGUUUAGUACAUUUUUUAAGACCUUUUUUUUCAUAAGUUUCACGGUACCGCAAGCAGUGUAUUCGCCAAAGAUAAUGCAUAAUUUAAUUUAAUUAGUGCUAAGUAUUAAGGUUAGGCUUAAAAUAUAGGAUUGAGGACGGUCAUAUUGCAUUUUUUCAGAUUAAACUAAAAAAAAACCACCGCAUUAUGAAGCACAUAAAUAGAGAGGUCACCAUACAUAGCUAAACUUUUUCAAGUAAAACGCUACACCGCUAGGCAUCUUAUAUCAUUUUAUACUAUAACAGCCAAUGUUUACCAAUACAUAUUACUCAUUUUUGUAGAUAUUUUUAAUUUACAUGGAUCCAAUUGAAAUAAACGGUCCCGCUCCCAUACCAAAUUAAUGCGAUGAUAUGCCUAUGGAAGGUUUAUUUCAGGCAACUAGUGGCCCUUAGAUUAAAUAGACACAGACAUAGACAUCAUUUAUUGGUAAUAAGGUAGACAGAUCGCAAUUUUCAAACUUAUUUCUACACAACUUAUAUUCAUUAUGUUUAUAUCAAUUUAAUAUAUCACUAUUCUUUGUAAUCGAUAAAUUAGUUAACGUCCUGGGUUUCAAUAUCCUAAUACUAGUACAAAUUACCUGCAAUGAAAUUUAAAUAUUAAUUAAAUAUAACAGAGUUGCUUUUGUUUGGUUUCGUUCGAUUUUCAAACAAAACAAAUUCAACUCUAUUUUCUGAUACCAUUGAUUCAAAUUCGAUUGCCAAUCUUGUACGGUGGGCCUCUAGAGGUAAUAACUAUCAAAGCUUUGUUUGACGAGCCAAUUUUUUUGCCCUGUUUUAAAGGAACUAAGCGUGCUUGUGGUAGAGACUGGCAGCUUGUUGUAUACUACCGGACUAAACAUAAAUAUCUCAAAACAAGCAUAUACUGAGUAUUGUAUUGUAUUUUAUGUAAUUAUUAUAAAAAAUACAUCUUAAAACUAAAAACGAUGCAUUACGUAACUCCGCAGUGUCGCCGGCCGCGAUACCGCCGGAACUUGACACCCUUCGGUUAAAAAGAAAUAAUUAAAAUUCGCAUUGUGUCGAGACUCCAACUGCGUGAUUUUCAGGACGUAUCCGGAUAGGUCCUACCAGUAAAGUCCGGACUUUACUGGUACAAUAUGAUAUCAUCGACCUCCGUAAGGUAGUGUAACCGGGACAUAUACAGCAGCGUGGUUGGUGCAGACCUAUGUGUGGUGACUGCUAUUAUUUUAUAUGCUUUGAAAUGAGGUGUUUUCUGUUUAAUUUGAUGCGCUAUGACCGUCUUUGACAUGUUUCAGACAUGGAUUAUGUGCGGUUUGUUUCAAAAAUACAAUCCUGCUAGGAAUUGUCUAUGCUUUUCUUUACCUUUUGUUAAUAUUGAACUGGCUGUUUUUUUUUAAAUUUAUUUUUUCUAUGGCAGGUAUGUAAUUUUGGAACAAGCUGUAUUCUUGUUAAAAUUCUAAGAUUAUGUCGACAGUCGUAGGCAUGGGGUUAACAUUAUAUUAUUUAUGAGUUAAAUUCCUUAUUUAUUAAGAAAUGUAAUUUAAUUCAUUAUCUGAACUAAUCUUCAUAUCUAUAUCUUUACGACCAUGUUGCUCUGUUCGUUAAAUGGCUUAUAGUAUUUUUCACAUGGUUUGGGUACGGUGAGUGAUUUACGGCAAAGAUAAUUUGAAAUAGAGGUGUAUUGUCAAAGAAAACUUUGUAGCCAUGUACAUUUAUUGCCAUCUUUCGACACAUGAUUACAACUUCAAGAACUUAAUUUGACUUUGAUCCUUAUUUUUUCACUGAUAUGUGUUAAAGUUGUUAAAUAUCAAAAAGUGGCGCCAUCUUACCGGGCGCCAUCGCUUGAAACGAUGUCGCCAUACCUUUGGCCUUUGAUUCUAUUUCAAAUUCUCUUUGGGUACGAUGCGUUUUAAGGUUAUAAAUUGUAUGGAGAUGACAGCUGUCCUCAAGGUGUAUGAAAUAUACUAUACUUAUCAUGUAUACACUGGAUGUACUCUCAGGAACUACUAUCGCGUCAGUCAGCGAAUGAGUGAGUGGUUAUACUAGUGUAUACUGUUGGGUGAUGAAUGAUGAAUCACCCAGACGAAGUGAUCAGAACUAACUUUUUUACGCUAAUCGCUCUUUCGAUACAAGAAUUAAUUUAAAGCGUAACGAGCUUGUUACCUGUAUCUUCUUUGUCUAAAAAAAUUGUUAACUGAAUUUCCUAUGAAUUUUACAGUUUUUUAAACAAUAGUCAGCAACUGAAUGCCAAGAAGACUAGGCUUUCCUUAAAAUUUCUGAUCAAUUAUAUUGUUCCUGACAACAUUUAGUAAUCACCCAAUUUAGAGGUGUGUUGGAAUAUAUAUUUUCAUGAAAUGAAUCCGGGUGAUAUAUUAUAUAUCAAAAAACUAUCAUUUAGUUAUAAAAUCUGUUUAUAUAUAAUAAGUUGUAGCCAUAAUUUUGUGUACGACCUGAAUGGACAAUCGAGCGAGGCGUGCAGCGGCGCUUUGAAACAAAUGAAAACGUAUACAAACGGUACAGUGCGCGCUACCGCUUGGCACCACGCUGCCCGCCCCGACGCACGCUCUGCUGGACGCUCGCCACCCAUGCCGUACACUAUCGGAUCGACUGCCGAGCAUAAUCUGAGCAUUCUGGUUCUGAAUGCAAUAAAUUAUCUAUCUGAUAAGUUACACCGUUUCCAUGUAAUUACUGCACAAUAUUUAUCACAGUAACUAUCUAAUAAAUAGUUGUAAUAUUUGUUACUAGCACAGAGUUGAAAGACAGGCAGGCGAGGGUCGAUGAGGCAAAACUGGGAUUUAACAACACGCCGAUUUACGUGCGAUACAUACACACCGCUUGACUCCUUGAGUUGCGUAGAUAUGUAGCCUCGCUCGGCAUUUUCUGUCGCAUACAUAUGUACCUAUAAAACGGAGUGUCAGAGGAAUUGUUCAGAUAAUUUGUCGCUUAUUUGAAUUAUUUCUACCACUAACCACUUAGAUGGUUACCAGUCUUCAAUUUGUGUUUUUUCAGAAACUUCCUGUCGAGAAAUUGUAGUGUCUGAGUAUGUGUGCGUGCGAAACCGGCUUGUCAUGAAGUUAAAGUUUGUCUACGGCGACCAGUUUGUCUCUCUGUCAACUCUGUGAUUACUAGAUUACUUUUCUAAUUUGAAAUUAUAUUACUAUUUUAUUUCCUCUGUAGAGACAUUGAAACUAUAAUAGUUACCAUAGUACAUUUUAUUUUGCAUUAUACAUAAUUAAAAAACGACACUGCCGAUGUCUAUAAAAUUGAGUGCCAUAUUUUUGUUGAUUCUUUGAAAAUCUCAAGUUUUGAUUGUGCAUAUAAUUUAUGAAUGAAAAUUAAUCUGAUUUUAGUGUUGGUUAUUUCUUUUUUAGUUUCCGCUUAGAGGCGUUGGUUUGCUUUUUCAUGUCAAUUAUGGUGCGCUCGAUACUCUAUAAACUAUGUAUUUAUUCUACGCAUUGUAAUGUAUUAGAUGCAAUUAUAUAUUUUUUAAAUUUAUUAUCUACGAGUACAUCCAAAAAAGAAACCCAAAAUAAUCAUAAAAUAGGUGAGCUAAAACAAAAAAAGCUGGGUUUUUGUCACCUUUCAGAAAUAACACAAAAAGGGAUAUUUUUUUCGCUUUUGACAUUUUGACUAAGGUUGAAACGUCGAAAUAAGCGGAAUACAAUACAGGAAUGGAAUACAAUAUGGAAAAUGAACUCUAAAAGCCAAAACAAUAAGGUCUUUUAUCUAAUACAUUAUAGUGGGUAGGUUUUUGUAAGUAAGUCUCAUUUCGUGAUGUAACGGCGUGUAUAACGAGGAUAAGUGGUUGAAUAGAUCAAGUGUAUGAGUUUACAAAGAAUUAUAAUAAAUGGAUAAAAAUAUAAA